UAAAAGGCAAAGUGCCGCCUUGCUUCCAUCUCCAUAGGAAAAUCGUGCAGCUUUCUACGGGCGUUCAAAAACUUUGUAAGGUUGGCAGUAAUCCAGGGUUUGCGGACCGCUUUGCGUCGAUAACUAAGUCAUCUGGAUCGUGGCAUAGCUCGGAAGGAUCUUACCACCUGGGGUUUUAACCAAUUGACUAUAUCUUGGAGUAUGUUUUCACCAUGUGGAUUCUCUCACACCUUACCUCAUCAUAGAGAUUACAUUCCUUAUCACUACCAACACAAUCCAGGGUGGGAACCUGUUUCUGCUCCAACAAAAGUAGAAUCACAGGGACCUCUUCACUUUGUACCAUGGAGUGUUGAUGGUAGUGCCAAUUCUCCAAGUCCAGCUGAUUACCAUCCUUGGUGCAGCCAUAGCUACCCCGCUGGCUACUAUGGUUUUAGGCCUCAAUUUCCUCAUACUCCACCUCCAUCCCAUCAUUCUCAAUUACAUUGCCACGGACCAUUUUCCUGUUACUUAAAUUCUUAUCCCUACAUGGUCACUCAUCCAUAUUAUCCAGCUGAUCAAACUCCGCAUGGCCAUAGUAGCAGUGGGAAAGCUCAUUGUUGCGAGUGUCCUAAUCAUUCAUGCAACAGGCGAGAUGGCAGUGUAAAGAUUGAGGAGCAGAAGUCUGAAAACGACAUGGAUAAUGAGUCUUCUAGUGUGAUACAUAUUCCAAACUGUCCUCCUUAUCCAGUAUUAUGGAUUCCUCCUGGCUACUCAAAGGACAAAGGCACUAACAAAGGCUUUGAGUCAUCUCUGCCUGUUCGGAAUGGAUGGAUUCCUAUGGAUCAGGGUGGAGAUGGGCAAAACAGCUUACAGACUGAGAGGAGGAAUCAAUUCCCAUGGCCAAUUGUUUGGAUGCCUAGUGAUCAAAAUGCGAUCAACCAUAUUGGCAUGAAGCUGGAUGGAGAUGAACAAAAAAGCCUACAAGUUAAUGGUCAAAAAAAUCAAUUACCAUGGCCAAUAGUCUGGAUGCCUCGUGAUAAAAAAUUAGAUGCUGAAAAAGAUGUGCAAGAGAUUACUUCUAAUCCUAAACCCGAGGAAAAACAAUCCUCAAAGUUUAAGAUUAUUCCACUUAAGUUUCUUGAAGAGAACCUCGGCGAGAAACUAGGUGAUUCCCAUGAUAAAGAUAAAACACUUUCACAUCCUGAAACAGUGGCUGAGAAGGAAACCCGAACGAAGAUCAUCCCUGUGAGGCAUGCAGAAGAAAUCAAUGACAAGAAACUGAACACUGAAGGAAAGCUUAGAGAAAAGGAGGAGAAAUUGCUCAACGCAUCUGAAGGAAAGGACAAUGUCGCUAAGAAGGCAUCAGAUCUGAAGCAAUCAUCACAUGCUAAGAUAUCAAAGUUACCUCCUGUAUGUCUGAGGGUGGAUCCACUUCCAAAGAAGAAACCAAAUGGUACUUCAAGAUCUCCCAGUACACCCAGCCACAAUGACGGGGGAAAAGUUUACGAGGACAAAAUAGAGAAACAACACUUGACAAAAAGAGAUCCAGACAAAAUGCCUACCAAUCAGAUCGAAGUACCCUAUGUUAAUGAUAAAUUUAUAGUUAAGGUAGAGGCAUGCAAGGAGAAAAGCCAGGAUAUGCAAUCAACUAGUUCAAAGGAUGAAGCUAGUAUGGUUGUGGGCAAUCAACUUCCCGAUAAAGGAACAAGGCUUGAUACCGAGGAAGUCAAAACUGAGGUAUUGAAACAUGAGAAAGAAUAUAGUAAAGAAGCAAUUGAGAAAACCCUAUGUGAUUCUGAUAAGAGGCAUGUAGAUAAUACAGAAAGAAUAACAGGUAAACAAGAGAAGAAAAGGAAAAUUUUGUCAUUGUCAGAGGCAGCGACUCUCAUCCAAUCAGCUUAUAGAGGAUUUGAGGUGAGAAGAUGGCAACCACUUGAGAAAUUAAGGAGAAUAGUUCAAAUUCGACAAAAGGCUGAGGUUGUCAAGAAUCAAAUCCAGGAGUUUGAAGCUUCCUCGGAAGGUCAGGAUUCAAAACAGAAGGCUAUCUUAUGUGAGACCAUAAUGAAUCUCUUAUUUCAGCUGGAUGCCAUUCAGGGAUUGCAUCAAAGUUCUAGAGACAUGAGGAAAUCUCUUGCCAGAGAACUCGUUGAUUUACAAGAGAAACUUGAUUUUUUAGGCCCUACAGCCACCACGGAGCAUGGUAAAAUGACUGGAUGUUGUAGUACCUCUGACAUGGGUACUGGUGCUGAAUCCAUCUCUUCCGAUAUCUCAUCUGGAAGAAUCAAUUUGGAGCCACAACCUGUGUCUUCCAAUCUAGAUGAAGUGACUAAUUCAUCAGAGUUUACUUAUUUGGAUGACAAAGCCUCCAUUGUUCCACAACACACUGGCGUAGUGGUACUGCCAUCUGAGCCCCUAUUUUCUGCAAUUAGUCUGGAUAAUUUGGAUCCCUUGAAUGUUGAAAGAAAUCUCAAUCCUCCCACCAAGACCCAAAUAGAUCUUCCAAAUGGGCAGAUUUAUUGUCCAGGGGUUUCUCACUCAGUGGAGAAAGAUCAAGUGCCACAAGAGGUGAUAAAGCCUUCAGCAUCUGCUUCUCCAGAAGAUUUUGUCAUAUCCUUUACCACUGAAAACGAAGAUAAGCUCGAGAAGGGAAUUGUAGACGAAGCGAUUGACACAUCUGAAGAACAAGUGGGAGUGGGAAUUGAGUUUUCUCAUCCUAUGCUUGGAAAUGAUGCUAAGGAUGGAUUAAUAUUGGAAAAAUCAUCUACUUUAGCAGUUGAAGUGGAAGGAGAAACAACAGAAAUUGCAACUAAGAUAUUAAAAUCUGAAAUGGCAGAAAUUCCAACAUUGACGUCAAAUGAUUCUGAUACUAACAAGACUAUAUUCUCAGGUGAUGAAAUAGAUACCUUGGGAGAGGAGUCUCAAGCACCUGACAUUUACGAGAAGAUAUCAGAUACAAUUCAUGUUUCUCAUGAUAUUGGCAACGACAACAUCCAAUGCACUGUGGAGGAGCUAUGCAAGAAGGACAUGGCUACUGAUAAUACAACAGCAACCCUUGAAGAUUCAGUGUACAUGGAUGAAUGCCCUUCCGGUGAUGGUCAUGGGAAAAAGAGUGAAAUGGGUUCAUUACCGAUCUAUAGUGACAGAAAUAUUAUGGAAGAUGAAGUUCAAUCUUUGAAACACGAAAAUGAGCCAAAUGUUGAUAAAGCUGAAGGAAUUUCCCUGGGAAAAGGUGAAAAUGGUUUAGUUGUCAGUGAAUAUAUGUCUCCUCUGGGUGCAGCCAUAGGUCAUUCGGGUCUGCCAAUGAAGGGAGCACAGUCGGAGGCCUUUGAGCUGAUGAGCAAAGGUAAUGAAAUUCUUGACGCGAUGGACACCGAUGCAGCAUCUGAGGUUAACGUCACUAACAACGAUGAUAGAUUAGUAGCUGGUGAGCAUGUGCAUCCAAUAAUCAGUCUCGAUGGACCUGUUGGAGAUGGUACCUCCACAGAAUAUGGGAAAGUUGGACCAAUAAAUGGUGAAGCUAUUCCCCCAAUUAUCAAUGUUGACGAAUCAAUUGGCAAACCAAACUUUGAAACCUGCGGUGAAGAAGAAUGUACUGAGCCUCUUUAUUCUGUCGUAGAUGGAAAACUGGCUUUUCUUGCUCCUGGUAUCAAUUCAAGCAUGGAAGAAAAAAGGCUAGUAGAAGAGAAUGAAAAGCUGCGAGAAAUGUUAGAGAGGUUGCUUGAAGCCGGAAAUAUACAGAUGGGAGCCAUUUUAAAUCUCAAUGAAAGAGUGAAAGAUUUGGAGAGAAAAUUGAUGCAAAAGAGUAAUCGCAAGAUCAAGGCAAGAAGGAUCACGCGAUUGAAGUUGCACCCUAAAACUGAAUGCCAAGACCCUCUUGUUUGUAUGAAAUAAUAAUGAACCAAUUUGUAAUUUGCAUGCCCCUACUUAUUAAACUUUGGUGUUGAAUGUAAUGUUAUUGCUAUUAUAUGAUA